AUGGCAAAGGGUAAGGAGGAAGGCAGAGGAGGUGGGGAAGUGAGAAUGGAAGAGGGUGAGGAGGAAGGCGGAGGAAGUGGGAUAGUGAAAAGGAAGGAGGGUGAAGAGGAAUAUGCCAUCACAGAUGUGUCCUUUGGCCAAAACCUAGUAAGUAAAUAUGAGAUGUUAAUGAAAAAGGCCAAUGGUGAAGGUGCAACAAGGGGGGGCAAGCAGAAAAGAAUGGCUGCAAAGGAGUUUGACAGUGUCCUUGCUGAUUUUCGUUUUGAUGAGAGGAUGAUGCAGAUUGUGAAGCAUGCCAUGGAAAUUGUCAACCUUUUGACUGACCAGAACCUAACCCAAGUCAUUGUUGAUGUUGUUAUCAACGGGCCAAAGUUGGAUAAUGUUGGAAGGAAUGCUAUAGAAGAAGACGAAGAGGUUGCUGCUACUGUUGCUGAUGCUGAUGCUGAAGGGGUGCUGGAUAAUUUUGGAAGAUGGGGAAGUGGUUGA